AUGUCGAGUCUCGUCCAUUUCGCUGCUAGUCAGGCGCUUUUACCUCCCAGUUCCAGCUCCUACUUGACGCCGCCGCGUCAAGAAUGUCUUUUACCAUGGCAACUGGCGACUUGGCGCGCCCGUCUGUGGGUUCAGACGACUGUAGACCUCGCCCCUUCGCCUCUUCUCGCCUCAGACACUCCAACCUUAUUCCAGUCGACCAACUCCAAUCAC